AUGUGGAAGACAAUUAAUAAAAUUACAAACAAAAAGUCCAAGACAACAAAUAUAACUAAGAUCGUUGUUGAUGAUAAAGUGAUUGAGGAGCCAGAAGUUAUUGUAAAUACAUUUAACAACUUUUUCAAUGAAAUUGGAACAACCCUGGCUCAAAAAUUACCAGAAAGUACAAGGACACCCGAGUCAUAUAUUAAACCUGAGAAUGACUCUACAUUCGAAUUACAGAAUGUAACGGAGGUCGAGGUUUUUGGUAUAGUUUCAGCAUUAUCCUCAUCCAAAGCUACGGGCUAUGAUAGAAUAUCACCUAAACUUUUGAAAGACUCGGCCGGUGUGAUAACCUCUAGCUUAACUCAAAUAUUUAACCAAUCGCUGUUGACUGGUGUUUUUCCAGACGACUUUAAGGUUGCAAUUAUAUCACCAAUCUUUAAAUCAGAAAGCAAAUUAGAGUGCAAUAACUAUAGGCCAAUUUCAGUACUUUCAGUUGUAGCUAAAGUUUUUGAAAAACUUAUAUCAAAUCAAUUAUCAACAUUUCUGGAAACAAGAGGCAUACUCACACAACAACAGGCAGGUUUUAGGAAGAAAAACUCAACAGAAACAUCGCUUUUAAAUUCUACUAACAAAUGGUUUAUUAACAUGGACAAAGGAUAUUUAAAUGGAGUUAUUUUCCUAGACCUUAAAAAAGCUUUCGAUUGUGUAAAUUAUUAUAUUCUAAUUAGAAAACUAAAGUUGUAUGGGUGCAGUGAAAAUACUCUUUGCUGGUUUAAAUCGUACUUAACAAAUCGACGUCAGAUGUGCAAAAUUGGUCGUACUAUAUCUCAGGAACGUGUUAUUCGCUGUGGUGUACCACAAGGCUCUACUUUGGGGCCGUUAUUAUUUUUACUUUACGUAAAUGACCUCCCAAGUUGCCUAUCUCAUUCAAUAGCUAGUAUGUUCGCUGACGAUACAAAUUUAACAACAUCUGGGAAGUCCAUAGAAGAUAUACAAAACCAGUUAAAUUCUGAUUUAGAAAAUAUUCAUACGUGGCUGUUAACCAACAAAUUGACUCUUAACAAAGAAAAAACUGAGUAUAUGAUAAUUAGCUCUCGGCAACGGUUAGCGAAAAUUGAUGACGAUCCAAAGAUAAGUCUUGACGGUAUUGAUAUAAAAAGAGUUAAACAAGCAAAAACAUUAGGUAUUGUCAUCGACGAAAAAUUACUAUGGAAAAAUCAAAUUGACGAAAUAACUACCAAAGUUUCUAGAGGAAUUGGCAUGUUAAGGAGAAUGAAAGCCUAUGUUCCCCAGGAAACUUUAAGGACUGUCUAUAGUGCCCUGAUAAUGCCACAUUUCGACUAUUGUAGCCUUGUCUGGGAUAAUUGCAGUAAUUAUCUACUAGAAAAAUUACAAAAACUGCAGAACAGGGCUGCAAGAGUCAUAACUGGAAAAUCCUAUGAAACUCGUUCAAGUGAGAUUUUAAAAACUUAGGGUGGCAACCGUUGCUAGACCGAAGAAAAGACAAAAGGGCAUUAUUUAUGUUUAAAAUAAGAAAUAAUGAGUUUCCCAAAUGCCUGACGAGCAUGUUUAACACUAGCAACAAUAAAAACUAUAACCUUCGCAGUAACGAAUUAGAUUUUGCACUUCCAAAGCCGAAUACGAAUUAUUUGAAAAAAAGCUUCAGUUAUUCAGGUGCUGCGCUUUGGAAUGAUCUGCCGAAGCACGCAAAAGAUAGAGCAAUAUCAGUUGGUCAGUUCAGGGCUAUUCUCAAUAACAUGGAAGAACGAGCUUGUAAAUAGAGUAAUACUAAUACCUUUUAUAACAUUUUAUACCUUUUUUAGAAGUUCUUUUAUAGUGUGUAAUAGAUGUAAAAUUUUGUUUUUGUGCCUUAAUUUAGCAACGGCCCCUUGAAAAUCAGUCGUAAUUCACUGAAGGGCCUACCGUUGUAAAAUAAGAUUAAAUAAUAAUAAUAAUAAAAUAAUAAUAAUAAUAAUAAGUUUUAUAUUAAGCGUACAAGAAUACAUUAUACUGUCAUAAAUGUUUUAAAUGUCCUUGAUCUGAUGUAUAAUUUCCAUAUCUUAUAUAAAAAUCUAAUCGGUAUGUGAUCGAAACAAUUAUAUGCACUUGAGUUCGAAACUGUGCGCUACUAAUAUAAACGAAAAAUGAACACUUAUUGAUACCAUACUUUAAAAAAUUUUUUCAUUGUACAAUAUUAACUCCUAAUAUAUAGCCAAAUGUCACACACCAACAAGUUUAAAACUAUAUGUAUGCACUUUCUGUUAGGCAUAUAGAUGGUCACCAUAAGUUAAUCAGGUGGCGCUUCGUUAUGCAUGGUGGGAUCGACGAGUAUAGUAGAUGCAUCGUAUAUCUUGGUUGUUCAACAAACAACAGAGCAGAUACUGUUCUCUCAAUACAAUUACAAUAUGAUUUAUUAGUUAAUCCCCGUAAGGGUUUUUCAUAACUAAUUUACAGAUAAGUGUAGUAAUAUGAUAUUUACAUGCAAUUAUUUAGAACUUAUGUUAAAAAGAUAGAUAGUCUGUAGCUAAACUGGAAUUAUUGUAUAUUACAAGGACUAUUAAAAAUUAAUUCUGUCUAUUGAUUAACUCUGUUCGUACGGCCUUCUUAAAUCCUCCUAGAGUUGAAAUUUUCGAGUCGAAAGAUCAAAUGAAUUCCGCAGCAGUGCUGCAAGUGAGGCGGUUUGGAUUACCAUCUCGAGUGAGAUCAGACUUUGGACUUGAGAAUUAUUUUGUUGCUAGAUACAUGCUAGAACACCCAGACCGUGGUAUCAACAGAGGGAGCAUGAUCACAGGCCGAAGCGUUCAUAACCAACGCAUUGAAAGGUUGUUGUUAGAAGUGAAGAAUCUGAUCGUAACGUAUUACAAGAACGUAAUUUAUUAUCUAGAAGAAAGACAACUGUUGGAUCCCCUUGACGAAAUUACCCUGUUUGUGUUGCAUUUUAUUUAUUGUCCACGAAUCAAUCGAUCAUUAAACGAAUUAACAAACAGCUGGAACAACCAUCCAUUGAGCACUAUGCAUAACCGCUCUCCAAUACAACUUUGGCAUUCUGGGAUGUGUAGUGCUGCACAUUCUGAUUACGCAGAAGUUCAAAGUGUUUUGGACAAUAGAGAAUGGCCCAAUUAUGGUGUGGAAUGGGAUGGACAUUUUCCUGAAGACAACGCAGAUGAGAUAAUUGAAGUUCCAGAAACGCUAGUGAAUUUAACAGAGCACCAACAAAAUGAAAUGCGUAUGUUGGUGAACCCUUUGGCAAAUGACAAUAACCAUGGUAUCUCGUUAUACACGAAUGCAUUACAUCUUGUUAAUAACUUCAUACAAAAUAUGUGA